AUGCAGAAGCCCUUCAACGCCGAAGGGUUAGACUUGACCUUCCUGUUCGAUUCUAAUUAUCCUGAACGGACCAUCACUGAAGCCAACAACUCGGCAGCUACUUCCAUUGCCAUGCCAGGCUUCACAACGGAGCAGUCACUGUCUCUUCAGCGGAUGCUUUCGAUCCCCGUCGGUGAAGCCCUUGAACCAGUGCCCAGACCCCUGGGCUGGGUUUUGAGUGCUUGA